AUGGCCAGCACUUUCAGAGCAAUUGGGAGCAGCGAGGACGAGAUCGAGCGUCUCAAGUUUACACUCGUAUCUGAAGAUUCCAAAGGCCACAGUUGCCAGUAUUGCAAUGUUUUCAACAUCAAGUUCCGCAGGUUGAUCGAUGGCCGCGUGGAGGCAAGUUCCGAUUACUACUUAGAUACGACAGAACGGGAAGUCCGCAGAAAAGCAGAACUAGGUUGCAGCUUCUGGGCAAUGAUUUGCGAUCGCCUUACCCAAAUGACACUGACACAGAAGGCAAAGAACAUCCUGGGAGAAAUGCCUGACGAUUUCUAUUUCUCAACAGAUUCUUUAUGGGGGUGGAGGAACGAUCGCUUCCUUGAGGCCCUCGAAGGCGAAGAGAAGAGAAAAUUCCUACGACUUUGGCGAAAGUCGGGAGUAAACUGGCACUACGCCUUCGAGAGACCUUGCGACGGCCUCGAUUUUGCAUCAUCUGCAUCAUCCCUUCGAAGUCAAUCGCGAGAGAAUGCGGUCUCAUCAGACCUUUUGCGACUCAAGUUUUUCAGCAACGGCGAUUACUUCCGCUUGUAUCUCACAUUUGGGCUUUUUGGAGACGCCUCGUUCUUAGUUCUGAUUCCCCCGUCUAAGAAACUCGGGAUUAAUGCCAAGCGCAUGGACAUUGCUUCACCCAUGAACCUAGAGCCUAGCAGUCCCAUGACAGUGGAUCUGAUCAAAUGCUGGCUGCAAAACAACAAACCCAUUUUGACCUCUGUCACUGGUAUCAAGAUAUCGCAGCUGGAUGCAACAAUCCGGGAUGCUAUGAUCACAACAUAUGAGCUUGGCUUCGAGUAUCUUUGGAUCGAUGCGCUCUGUAUUGUUCAAGACGACGAGGACUUUAAAGCGAAAGAACUACGAAAGAUGGGUGAUAUAUACCGGAACGCCGCCUUCACCAUAAUCCCCUCCGCCGCGGGCGAUGUUCGCGAAGGAUUCCUCAAAAGACGACUUUCGACCCUAGAAAGGACUGUUCCAGCGGAAGGACGACCUCAAAUUGUCUUCAAGAUGAAAGCUCAAUGGAAAGAUGAGCGCUCGAAUGAAACGACACCGUUUUCUGCCAUUCUUAAAGCAAGCGAAAUACAAGGCGACAAGGAGCCUUGGUACCACAGAGCUUGGACACUCCAAGAAGCCCUCUUUAGCAGACGCCGACUACAGUAUCACGAGAAACAAACAACAUGGCGUUGCUACUGCGCGGGAGAAAAGAUCCUGGAACAUGAUGGCUGGUUUAGUCGAAGCAAUGAAGGGAGUGGGACGUCCCUAUCCGAAGUCUUGGGACACGUCACGCGCAUGCUAUGGAACCGCCAGAACCUGCCUCGCACCUCGGUGGUUUUUGGAUACUGGUACUCUCUAGUGCGCACGUAUAGCAGUCGAUCGUUGACGUAUUUCACGGAUAGGCUUCCUGCUAUAUCCAGCACGGCAAGAGAGUUUGCCUCGAUCUUACAAGAUCACUAUGUUUGCGGGCUCUGGGCAUCUGACCUAGCAUUAGGGCUAGCAUGGACAACAGGCGUGAGAGAUCUAUCUUAUGACAACAACUCGGUGAAAGGGCCCUCGUGGAGUUGGGCGUCGUACAUCGGCGGCGUAUAUUGGAACCGAGGAGAGUGCAAAAGAAGCGUGGAUUUUCAAGUUGUUCGGUUCUCUGAACUUCCAGCUGAUCUAUUUAGAGAGUCUGGGUCGAUCGAGAUUCACAUCCGUGGCCUUCUCAUGCCCUUCUCAUACAACUUCUUCCUUCACAACGAGGAAUAUUCUGUCGAAAUGGACGAUGACGAUUCAAAGAAUCCAGAAUUAACGGUACUUACCGACUAUUAUGUGGAUUCCAGGUUUGGGGACAGCUCUGAGACCGAGAUUUACUUGCUGCCACUUAUCGUCACCCGCAAUCUAAAGGUGCAAGGCCUUGCCUUGAUAGAGGAUGUCCAAAGGCCUGGCAAGUAUUUCCGCGUGGGCUUAUUCAUAAGGAGAAGGAUUUGGGCAGUGCCCGAUAAUUAUCCUGAAGACCACGACAUCGAAGAGGACUCCGAGUGGCCCGACGAUGCGCCCGAGGAUUAUCAAGAUCAACUGCGAAGUGCGUUUGGCGGAGGCAAGAACAUUAAGGAGAUUAUACUGAUAUAG